AUGUUUCCUGUAUCAUGGAAAGUAGGCCAGCAGCAACAGCAACACGAGCUAUGCACACAGCAAAAUGUGGCAGAUGCAACAACCACUUUCCCGCAGGCAUUGCCACAACACUAUUAUACCAUGUCAGCGAACGCAAGUAGCAAGGAUACGACGGGCUUUAGAGUACGCCAACAUCCACCACCACCCUACUUGCAUCAGCCAAAUCAAUACAACAUGCCACCACACGCCCAUUCACCUAUGCAGCAACCUAACGCAUACCCAAACUAUAACCAGCCCUAUGCUGAGCUAUCCAAUCAUCCUGCCAUGAUGCUUGGCAAUCCAUCCCCUAUCAUGAUUCCUAAACCAGCACCUCGUAAACGUAGACGUCCGCCUCAUUCUUAUGCAUCCUUGAUAGCACAAGCUAUCCUUACUUCCCCGGAACGUCGUCUUACCUUACGUGACAUUUAUGAUUGGAUCCAAUCCCGUUAUCCCAACUUGUAUGAGGCGAAUGAAACUGGAUGGCAGAAUACUAUCCGCCAUAAUCUCUCUCUCAAUCGCUGUUUCAUGAAAAUACCACGGCCAUCCCAUAGCUAUGGUGAUGGUGGUCGUAGGAAAAAAAGCAAAGGCAGUUAUUGGUCGGUGGAUCUUGAGAAGUUGAGUUAUACCAACUUUGGAAAGCAAAUCAUGGAUACCGGUUUCCUUGGCAACAUGGAAUAUUGGCAGCACCAGCAAAUGAUCGAACAACAUCGACAACAUGUACCAUCCGUACAACCCACUCAUAGCGCGUUGACUGAUUUUAACGUCGACAGCUUUAUUGAUGUCACUGGUGGUGGUGAUGCUAAUGACCAUCACCCACCAAAGCGACAUGCCAAUAUGUCUAUUAGUGACAACAGCAUAUCGCCUAGCUCUACAACGUCAAGUAGUAUGAGCACCUUAAUGAUGCCAUCAUCCUCUUCACAGGCUCAAACGUAUAAUAGCAUCUUUCCCUCGGGAGGAGAGGGGGGUAUGAUUGACUCGAAUGGGACCACAUCAAACAACAGCAAUAACAAUUUCAAUCAAAGCAAUGCAUUUUAUCCUUCAACGAUGCGAGUAAACAAUAUAAUCAACUAA